UACACGAACAAGCUGGUUAACAACGACACAAGCAAUGGGACGGCCAAAUGGAAUUUUGAGUUUGCUCAUGGUAAGUCUGAUAGCCCAGGCGAAAGGAAUGCCUCGGGCAGGAGACGAUUCGGGAUGUCUGCCAGAAAGUGACCCCAACUACAAAAUAAACGUGCCACACCCAACAGACUGCAGCAAGUACUAUUCCUGCGCAAAUGGGCAUGGAGUACUGAUGCCGUGCCCGAGUGGCACAGAAUUCAACCCAACCCUGAUGAUAUGUGACUGGCCAGACCAAGCGGGCUGCGCAGCUCAUCAGCCUCCAACAACUACUACAACUACUACAACUACUACAACUACAACAACUGAGCUGCCAACCCACACUCCUUCAGUGCAACCAACAACUACAACAACAACAACUGAGUUGCCAACCCACACUCCUUCAGUGCAACCAACAGAACAACCAACUAAUCCUCCUACUCAGCCACCAACAAACCCUCCUACACAAGAACCAACUGAUACUCCCACAGAGCCAACAACAGAGGAGCCAAUAGAAGACCUCACAGAAGAACCAACAGAGGAGCCAAUAGAUGAUCCCACAGAAGAACCAACAGAAGAGCCGAUAGAAGACCCCACAGAAGAACCAACAGAGGAGCCAAUAGAUGAUCCCACAGAAGAACCAACAGAAGAGCCCAUAGAAGACCCCACAGAAGAACCAACAGAGGAGCCAAUAGAAGACCCCACAGAAGAACCAACAGAGGAACCAAUAGAAGACCCCACAGAAGAACCAACACAGGAGCCAAUAGAAGAUCCAACAGAAGAACCAACACAGGAGCCAAUAGAAGAUCCAACAGAAGAACCAACACAGGACCCAAUAGAUGAUCCCACAGAAGAACCAACAGAGGAGCCAGUAGAAGACCCCACUGAAGAACCAACAGAGGAGCCAGUAGAAGACCCCACUGAAGAACCAACAGAGGAUCCAGUAGAAGAUCCAACAGAAGAACCAACAGAGGAGCCAAUAGAUGAUCCCACAGAAGAACCAACAGAAGAGCCAAUAGACGAUCCAACAGAAGAACCAACAGAGGAACCAAUAGAAGAUCCCACAGAUGAACCAACUGAGGAACCAAUAGAAGAUCCUACAGAAGAACCAACAGAGAAACCAACAGAAGAUCCUACAGAGGAACCAACUGAGGAGCCAGCUGAAGAUCCCACAGAAGAGCCAACAGAUGUUCCCACAGAGCCACCAACACAAGAGCCAACAGAUGUUCCCACAGAGCCACCAACAGAAGAGCCAAUUGAAGAUCCCACAGAACAGCCAACAGAAUCUCCAACAGAAGCACCAACAGAAGAGCCAACUGAUGCUCCUACAGAAGUUCCAACAGAAGAACCGACAGGAGAGCCAACAGAAGCACCAACAGAAGAACCCACAGACUCACCAACAGAAGAACCAGUAGAAGAGCCCACAGAGGCACCAACAGAAGAGCCAACUGAUGCUCCUACAGAAGUUCCAACAGAAGAACCGACAGGAGAGCCAACAGAAGCACCAACAGAAGAACCCACAGACUCACCAACAGAAGAACCAGUAGAAGAGCCCACAGAGGCACCAACAGAAGAGCCAACCGAUGCAACCACAGAAGCUCCAACAGGGGAGCCAACAGAAGAACCACAAGAUCCAACAGAAGCUCCUACAGCAGUGCCAACACAAGAACCAACAGAUAUUCCCACAGAGGAACCAUCUGAGGUUCCUACAGAUGCACCAACAGAAAAACCUACAAAUGCUCCCACUGAGAUACCAACAGAAGAACCUACACGUACUCCAGCUACCAUCCCACCCACAGAAGCCCCAACAACAAGGCCAACUAUAACUGAAAUUCCUUCUACCGCCACUCCUUCAGAUGUGCCAACAGUAGCUCCCACAAAUCCACCUACUACUACAAUAAAGCCAACUAAUGUACCAACUGAUGCUCCACCAACCAUUGUCAGUCCAACAUCUGCACCAACAGUAACAACGACGAGUGAACUGCCUCAAAAUACGACUCCCAGCUUACCACCUACUACCACCACUACAACCACUACUACAACCACCUUGAGACCACAUAUACCAACCAGUUCUACGACGACCACAAGUACAACGACCACUACCACGAUCCGUACCCCUACCAGACCUAAACCAUCUUUGGGUUUCUCGUUCUGGCCUCCAACGCCACGUCCUUUCUGGCGUAGGUGGUGGCGAAACUCGCCAUCAAUAAGUUCUGGCUCUCACGCCAGGAGGCAUUGGCUGUGGUAGGCUUCGACAUGGCGACUGUGUGCACAGUGUAACUGACACUCAGCGUAUUUAACUCUUUGUCGUGACUUGCCCUAUGUAACUACGUACCUCUGGUCAAGGAUCUUUAACUAUGUAUUCCUGUAUUUUUUUAGCUAUAAGAUGCAACUUUGAAAAAUUUUGUAGUGCUAUAUAUUUGUCAUUUCACACUACUGCGAAGAAAUAUAUAUUGUUCCUAAUUAAUAACAGAUUAAAGCAUUUUCCUCUGCAAAAGAUCUUUUAUUGUGUAUUCUGUAAGUUUUUAGCUAUAAGAUGCCACCUUGACAAAUUUUAUAGUGCCAUAUAUUUAUCAUUCCACAGUACUGCGAAAGAAUGUGUAUUGUUUGUGAUGAAUAAUAUAGCAAAGCGUUUUCCUCUACGAAAGAUCUUUUAUUGUGUACCCCUGUAUUUUAUAAUUAUAAGAUAAAAUCUCGAAAAAUAUUUUGUGCUGUAUUGUUUUCUUUCCUGAAUAUUGCUAAUAAAUAUGUAUUGUCUGCCAUGAAUAA